AUGGCUAAAGGCAAACCUCCUCAGCAUCCUUUUCAGUCUCCCAUGGAAGAUCAUAGUAGUCCCUAUUUUCUUCACAAUGGUGAUCAUCCAAGUCUCUCUCUGGUUUCUCUUUCACUUGCUGGAUCUGGUUCAAACUAUCAUUCUUGGCGCCGAUCAAUGGUUACAGCUCUAAAUGCUAAGAACAAACUUGGGUUUAUCGAUGGAACCAUCUCAUGUCCUGCUGCAACAGAUCUCCUUGCUGGUCCUUGGUCUCGCUGCAACAGCAUGGUCAUAUCUUGGCUCUCUAACUCGGUUUGCAAAGAAAUUGCAGAGAGCAUCCUCUAUCAUGAAACAGCCCUCGAAAUAUGGAAUGAUCUAUACGAACGAUUUCAUCAGGGCAGUGGUCCUCGAAUUUUUGAACUCAAGCAAAAAAUUCUUGCUCACACUCAAGGAUCGGCUGAUGUCAAUACCUACUAUACUCGACUGAAAUCCUUGUGGGAUGAGCUUCAAGAAUUCAAAGCGAUACCAGUUUGCAAUUGCGGUGGCAUGCGUGUUUAUAUGGAGGAUCAACAACGAGAAUCUGUGAUGCAAUUUCUGCUGGGUUUGAACGAAUCCUUCGCUCAGAUUCGAGCUCAGAUCCUGUUGAUGGAACCGGCUCCUCCGCUGAACAAAGUUUUCUCCCUGGUUGUUCAAGAAGAACGGCAGCGAUCUCUUACCACCUCCAACUCUCCGACAUUCACUGCUCCUGUUUCCUCCAGAUUUCAAGCGGCAUCCAGAGCUUCUUCUCCUAGUAAUGCCUCUCGAUCAAGAAAGGAUCGCCCACUCUGUACCCAUUGCAACAUCUUGGGUCACACAGUUGAUCGGUGCUACAAAAUACAUGGGUAUCCACCUGGAUUCAGAAAUAGGCCCAACUUCAGGCCCAAUGGUUCUUGCCCAAAUCAGAUGCUACCCAAUAGUCUUCACACGAAUAAGUUGACUCUCACAGAUGGCUCCACCACCUCUGCAUUUCCACCGCCUCUCACUCAUGACCAGCACAAUCAGUUAUUGGCUCUCUUAAGUUUGCACAGCUCGAGUGGCUCCUCUACCUCAUUCGGUGAUAGCAACCCGCUUCAGCAAUCCAUUUCCAACUUCACUGGACCAUUCACAGGGGAAGCUAAUUGGGAUGGGUAG